AUGAACUUCUUUGGAGUGCUGUCGUUCACCGCUCCAUAUUUACCUUGGGUUCUUCUGCUGUUUUCUCUUUUAUUGGGUAACAACGCAAUCUUCUGGCGGUUGAUCACAUCGUUCUGCUUCUUUGGAUCUUUUGGCUUUAGCUUCCUCUUCAAUAUGAUAUUUACAUAUCGGUAUUGCAUGAUGUUGGAAGAAGGCUCGUUUCGUGGUCUCGUUUCGUGGUCGAAGAGCUGA